AGCCGCCAGCUGGUUGACAAAUGGAUAUAGCAGCGCUUGAAAGCCAGUCUAUCUAGCUUAGCACGACAGCGAGACAGAAAUAAUGGACUGCGUUAGUGCGUAUAACUUUAACUUAUUGAAAUUUGCCUGUAGAAAUACAGUUACAGGUAGUAAGUAAUUUGCUGAAAUAGCCUGUCGGCGUCAUAAAAUGACAAUGCACCAUCAAAUUAAGUUACUAUCUCUAGCUAGUUCAAGUUAGCUAGCUAGUGCUAAUUAGCUAGCAAGGCUACACCAAAGAAGUGGGCGCUAACUGACUGGUCUACAAGCUACUUUAGCUAGUGCUAGUACUUUUGCAAAAUAGUUAACAUUUCUGCUGUUUGACGGCAUGGUAGACAUUUAUAUAACAAGGCUGUUGGAUAUGUAAUGGUACAGUACAUGUUGCCACCAGUUUUUAUAAAGUUCAGACUAGUUGAGUAGCACUAGCAGGAAGGCUAACUUGCCGCGCUAGCCAACAAAAGUGAGCAACAUAUCAGCUGACAGCUGUGGACUGACAAGACAAGACCAGAGCAAAGCAGUGAUGGAUCAACUCAAAGUCAAGGACCGAAUAUUGGAGAACAUUUCGUUGUCAGUCAAAAAGCUGCAGAGUUACUUUGCUGCCUGUGAGGAUGAGACUCCAGCCAUUCGGAAUCACGACCGAGUGCUGCAGAGGCUGUGCGAACAUCUCGACCACGCUCUUCUCUACGGGCUUCAGGAUAUUUCCUCAGGUUACUGGGUUCUAGUACUCCACUUCACCCGCAGAGAGGCGGUCAGACAGAUAGAAGAGCUGCAACACAUUGCAACCAACCUCGGCCGCAGCCGCGCCUGGUUAUACCUUGCUCUUAGUGAGAGCUCUCUAGAAAGUUACCUCCGCCUGUUUCAAGAGAAUCAAGGCUUGCUACAGAAGUAUUACUUCAAAAAUGCGCUGGUUUGCAGUCACGACCACCUCACCCUCUUCCUCACACUGGUGUCUGGAUUGGAGUUCAUUCGUUUUGACCUGGAGCUGGAUGUGCCCUACCUGGAUGUGGCCCCUUACAUGCCAGAGUAUUACAAGCCCCAGAACCUGCUGGACUUUGAGGAGAGGCUUCCCAGCUCCGACAGCCUCUCCCUGCACUCCUUCACCUCCCUCACCUCCACCAACCUGGAGUGGGACGACAGCGCCAUAGCCCCGUCCAGCGAGGAUUAUGAUUUCGGUGACAUCUUCCCCGUGUUGCAGUCUAUGCCCAUUGCAGACUGGGAAGAGGGAGAUCUCACAGACCCGGUCAGCUGUCCUCGCUCCACCGGCUACGAACCGCAGACGGUCAUCGGCGACUCUGUGGCGCUUCGAGCCGCCGUCGCCGCCUCCUCUGUCGUCGUCAAGGUGGCCCCUCCCCCACCUUCCGCACCUCGGAGCCCCACGUUCAGACACAACCCCUUCAACGAGGACUCGGACACCAACACAUCCACCGACGUCACGCCCGUGCAUACAGCCAGCCACCAUGACGCCACCACCGGGGACGACACGGAAAGUACCAGCAACGAGCUGGAGGUCAUCAGGAUGGCAAGACGACGCAAGCCUGCUAAGAAGCGUCGGGGGAAGGGCUCCACAGACUCGGCCAGCAGCCAGCCCUCGUCCUCCCUGGAGCAGGUGGAGGCUGACCUCAGCCUGCAUGCCGCCGGGGAGGCCGAUGCCUGGAGCUCCUCCCUGGGGCCCCUGCAGGACUCCGGGUCUGAGACCGUGAGGAGGAGGAGCAGGAAGGGAACGGGGGAGGAGGAAGAAGGUGAGGAGGCGGAGGGGCUGUUGAGACUGCCGGAAAUGACGGACACCUCCAUGGAGAGCGUGGGUCAGCCCCUGCGUGACGUGAUCGACCGGCUCGACGGGGGCGAGGUGUGGGAACGCCUGGAGGAGGAGGGGGGGGGAGGAGGAGGAGAGGAUAAGAGCCACCACAAUGGGACAGGAGGACCAUGCUCGGGGGAGACCCCGGGCCCACACCCCCCAGGGCAGCAGCCCUUUCGAGGGGAUCCGGGGGGCGAGCCUCCCGAUCCGACUGGAGUCUCACUGCGACUUCUGGCCCCGAGCCCCAACUUCCUGCAGGCCCCCCCGGCCCCCGCUGACUUCUACUGCUUUACCCCCCACAGUCCAGACCCUUCUGCCCAGGGUGGUGGCCACCAUGACACUGCAGGGUAUGGCCAGUCGCAGGCUCUUCUUGGUAGCUAUGAAGGUGAGGGAGAGACAGAGGCUCUGGCAGGACAGAAAGACGUCCUGAAACAGGAAGAGGAAGCAGGGGAGGGGGAAGGAAGUGACACGGGAGAGGAGUUGCAGGUGGUCGUCGAGAACGGAUUGGCUGCUUCUGGAGCGCCUGUGGAGGAGCUUGAAGAUGAUAGGCUAAGUCCGACGGAAGUCACGCAUCCUGCUGAGUUCAAGGUGGACAACAAUCACCUGCUCCUGCUCAUGAUCCAUGUCUUCAGAGAGAACGAGGAGCAGCACUUCAAGAUGGUGAGGAUGAGUACAGGGCACAUGGAAGGAGACCUGCAGCCUCUCUUCCUGCUGCUGACAGACUGUUACAUCUACCUGCUGAGGAAAGGAGCCGCUGAGAAGCCCUACACGGUGGAGGACGCCAUCUCUUACAACGAGCUGGACUACGUCUCUGUGGGUCUGGACCAGCAGACUGUCACCCUGGUGUGCACCAACAGGCGACGCCAGUUCCUUCUGGACACGGCGGACUCCUCACUGACAGACUGGUUCGUUGCAGCCCUGAAGUCAGCCAUGAUAAAGGGCUGCAGGGAGCCUCCCUACCCUUCCAUCCUGACCGACGCCACCAUGGAGAAACUGGCCCUCACCAAGUUUGUCUCCCAGGAGUCCCAAUGCGAGGUGUCGGAGGUGUGCAUCCGGCUGUACUCCCUGGUGCACUGGGAGGACCCCAUGGACGUGGCCCUGACCCCCCAGGCCGGGCUUCCUGGCUCAGGGGACACCUCCAACACCAAGGAGGGCGCUCUCUUCUACAAAGCUGGAACCGCCUACCUGGUCAUGGAGCAGUGGAAACCUUGUUACCUCGUCCUCAGUAAUGGGAUCCUGUAUCAGUAUGCAGAGAAGACUGACGUGAAGCCUCUGCUGUCAAUCACCAUGGGAGGGGAACACUGUGGAGGGUGUCGUCGCUCCAACAGUACAGAGCGUCCCCACGCCUUCCAGGUGAUCCUGGCCGAGCGGCCUCCCCUGCAGCUCAGUGCAGAUAACGAGCUGGACAUGGCCGACUGGAUGCUGGUGCUGUGCCAGUCCGUCUCCAAAGGGAUGAUCCCUCAGGGUGUGCCCCCCACCCCCUGUAUCCCGUGCUGCCUGGUGGUGACAGACAGGAAGCUGCUGACCUGUCAUCAGGACUGCCAGACCAGCUUCUUCCGCUCGCUGGGCGGGGCCGAGCUCUGUGAUGUCACCGCCGUCAGCCUGGAGGCCGACAAGGAGUACUGUGUUGUUGAGUUUUCAGUAGACCGGGCCCACUUCCUGCCUUCCUGGGUCCUCUACUUCAGUGGCUGUGAGGAGAGAGACCGUCUGCUGAGGGCGCUAGAGAGCUCCUGGAGAGAGAUCUUCCAGGUGAGCCUCCCUCGUAAGAGUGUGUUGGACCCGUCUGUGCAGAAGCGCUGUGGGGAGGCGCUGGCCCUGAUGAAGAGCGCCUGGCAGAGGAGUGACAGCCUGGCUCGAGGACGCUCCCAAAGAGAGCCCUGGUGCUGACACACUCACACAGGUACAGCCCUGGUGCUGACACACUCACACACAGCCCUGGUGCUGACACACUCACACACACAGCCCUGGGAGCAGACACACACACACACACACAGCCCUGGUGCUGACACACACUCACACACAGGUACAGCCCUGGUGCUGACACACUCACACACAGGUACAGCCCUGGUGCUGACACACACACACUCACACACAGGUACAGCCCUGGUGCUGACACACUCACACACAGGUACAGCCCUGGUGCUGACACACAUACUCACACACACACAAACACAGCCCUGGUGCUGACACACACACACACACACACACAGGUACAGCCCUUGUGCUGACAUGGGAGCAGACACACACACACAGCCCUGGGAACAGACACAUAUACUCACUCACACACACACACAGAGACAAACACACACAGCCCCGGGAGCCGACAGACAGAUAAUGUGGAGGAAGAGACUCCAGUGAUAUAGAGACUCCAGACAAAGGGCUCCCAGACACGUGGCUUCCACAGAAGGGUGGGGGCCAGUACCAUUCCCAUUCAGGAGCUGAUGAUCAAAAUGCCCGAUCGUUGACUUUUCUUCAGUUCAGAAACUCGAUUUUGAAUGUACCGUAGUUGUAAUGGACCCUGAACUCUUUUUGUGGGACAAUGAAAAGCCAUAAGGACAGAGGGAGAGUUGGAGUCUUAUGUGUCAAAUGAAGUGGUGGUAAUACUGUCAUGGGAUGCUGUGAGUUUUGUUUCAAUCUCAGUUCACACACUCCUGGUUUUGCACACAGCAUGUAUGUCAUGCUGAACUACUAAAGACAGCGGUUUUCAACGUUCCAUUUUGGACUAAGAUGAAGCUGCUUCCUUACAGAAAAUAAUGUUAUUUUAAAUGAUAGUGCAGCUGUGUUAUGUUUCUAGUGCGUAAACAUACAGCUGCAUAUAUAGUGCAGCUGUGUUAUGUUUCUAGUGCGUAAACAUACAGCUGCAUAUAUAGUGCAGCUGUGUUGUCAUUUAAAAGAACAUUAUUAAGCUGUACAGUGUUAAUAUAUAAUCUGUCCAUAUUAAGAUGUACUGUUCUGAUUUCAGUUCUCUAUGCCUCCCAGUCUCUAAUAUAGGAAGCAAAAUUAUUGUAGCCUUUUCUGACGAUGCACAAGUUUUGGGAUAAUUGUAUACCAAGGUCAUAUGAAGAAAUGAUAUACAUGGGGUGUUUACAGUUGAUCUGUUACAGCAUUAAGUUAAUCUGGGGGGUGGUUUUUUAUCAAUUUGGUGUACUUGUUUCUCUUUCAAAAACCGGUGGCGUGGAGACGGUUGUCAUAUGGAGGACAGGAGAUGGGCCUGUGUUGUGGGGUGCAUCUUUGCACAACACUGACUGUGGUCUUGAAGUUACAGUGUUUUGGUUUUUAAUGGGUACGAUAAAAUAACUAUGGUUGUGUGGGAAUUAAUACGAUCUUUAAACGCUGCUUUUUUUAAAUUAAAACAGUGGGAGCAAAUAAUGGUUUAUUUGUAUUGUAACUGCUCUAGUACUUGUAUGAAGGGGAUAUGUUGACGUUUACUGGCUGUGUCUAUUGUCUGGUACACGUGUGUGUGAUUGGUGGCCAGUGUGAAGGAUAGGAUUCAACUGGGGUCUUUGUGAGGUUGAUUUUAUGAUAGUCAGCCACUGUUUCAUGUGGGAUAAGUGCUAAUGUUUCUGUCUAGUAUUAUCUGACCAGUCAAAUGGUCUGCAGAAAUGCUCUACUGGACAUGUGGCUAAGGGUUAGUAGUUUUAGUUUUGUGUAUUUACUUGUAUCUAAAAAUGGGUUGUUGGAUAUGCUAGUGUUUCAUAUGCAUUCAGAAAAUGAGGAGGGCUCAUUUUUAACUGAUCACUACAAAGUUAUGGUCUCCUGCAUGAAUCUAUCCACCAUCUUUCUUUUUAUUUCAAAGAUAUUAUCCAUCAUUGCUUCCAUCGCAUGGUCAGAGUGCUUCUAACUUUCUCACAAUCUUACUUUGACAAUGAAUUUAUCUCUGGUGCAUAAAAAUACUUCUUGGUUAAUUCAACUGUUUAAAAAUGUACGUAAAGUCUGUCUAAUAAUCUGGAUUUGAACAAGCAGAGUAUUUUUGUUGGCUGCAUUGCCAAUUUCUCCAUAUAAUGAUGUGGCCUUUUCGAUAAUCUUCUUGAUUGGACAUUAUAGCCUAUAGGGGUACACCAAAUAAAGCCCUGUUGCUGAAUGUGGCCUUAAUCUCCUCUUGGCUAUUGAAACAUGGCUUACAAUCAGUGCUCUUUUGCGGGAUUCAAUGUUAACUUUUUUUCUCCCCACACCGGCCCUCCGAUCAGUACAGUAGGUCUGUGUGUAAGUGUAUUAGCCAACUGUGAAAUAUUAUGACACAAUGUAAGACAAUAAGUAUUUGCCACACCCCUGCAAGUCAUUUCUGAAUUCACUCUGAAUUCAACUGCCCCAAAAUGUUGGCCAUCUAUGUAAAAUAUAAUUCUAUAUAUGUUUAUAUUUGUACACUCAACACUAGUGUGCAACUUGGGUAGCAGUGCAUAGACGUGCUUUGACUGUCAGUGAAACGUGAAUUGUGGUUGUUUGCUGGAACAGCCGGUAGUCCAUGCAGAAAAACCACUAGUGCAACAGACUGAUAGCCCCAGGUUUUAGAACUUGGGGAAGGAUAUGGCACCAAGCAGCUGGCGUCAGUGCUGAACCUGUGUAGCUGAGGCGGUGUGUCAAAGUGUGUUCAUCCAGUGUGUGUGUGUGUGGCCACUGUCAGUCCAAACACAUGUUGUUCACUGAACAUGUUCUCUUGCCCUGAGAAGUGGGAAGCGCCACUUGGUCCCUCCACUGUUCUGCUGUUUUUGAAGGACACUAUUAUCUCAGGUUCAAAAUGGUAUUUCAAGCAGGAAAGACCCAACACCUUAACACAUGUUUGAAAUCUGAUUUGCCUGCAUUUUGUGUUUUUUUUAAUUUCUUUAUUUUAAAAUCUUUACUUUUCUCUUUUUAUGCGGUGUAGUUAUUUUGAUAACCCACUGAUUUCCUUUUUAAAGACACGUCCAGUGUUGGAGAGGACUCCAAUUGUAAUAUAAGUUGACUGUGAG